GUUAAUGAGCCGUUACAACAUCCUGAAGUGAAGGCAUUAGUCUAUACGUGGAGCUCGAGCCCUGGAAAUGUAAACAAAAUGUUAGAUAAGGAAGUAUAGUUUAGACUAAUUAGCUUCAGCUCUCGCCAUAAAUAGCCGUCCACAUCCUGUAUAAGAGGAGGAGGGUGUGUUGUCUGUGCUCCUCCUCCUCCUCCUCCUCUUACUGUAGUUCCUCCAGCUAGAUAUCGUUAUCUACACCAGUGUGAAAAUGGCCUCAGACGAGCUGUCGUCGAAGCUCAGCCGUCGGCUCCAGAUAGAGGAAGGAGCCGAGGAGCCCGUCGCCGUGGACCUCGUCCCAGACCACCAGGAGGACGGUGGCGGGUCGGCGGAAGAAGAGAAGUCCAGCACGGCCAACGCGGACUCCGAGCUGGGCGCUAAGCUGCUGCGGAGAGGAGAGCUGAACGUCGGGCAGGGAGAGCACCGGCAGCCCAGCAUGAAGGUCUUCAACCCGUACACCGAGUUCAAGGAGUUCUCACGGCAGCAGAUCAAGGACAUGGAGAAGAUGUUCAAGACGUUUGAUGCUGGCAAAGACAACUACAUCGACCUGAUGGAGCUGAAGCUGAUGAUGGAGAAGCUCGAAGCUCCGCAGACGCACCUCGCCUUGAAGAACAUGAUCAAGGAGGUGGACGAGGACCUGGAUAACAAGCUUAGCUUCAGAGAGUUCCUGCUCAUCUUCAGGAAGGCAGCAGCAGGAGAGCUGGCGGAGGGCAGCGGCCUCAGUGUCCUCGCUAACCUUUCUGAAAUCGAUGUCUCCACAGAGGGGGUCAAAGGAGCCAAGAGCUUCUUUGAAGCAAAAGUUCAGGCCAUCAACGAUACCAACCGUUUCGAGGCAGAAAUCCGCCAAGAGCAGGAGGUCAAGAAGAAGCAGGGCGAGGAGCAGAAACAGAGACGCAGUGCUUUCAAAGAUCUGCAGUCAGCCUUCAAGUGACCGCCUCUCUCUCUCGCUCUCUCUCUCUCUCUCUCUCUCUCUCUCUCUCUCUCUCUCUCUCUCUCUCUCUCUCUCCUCUCAGGACCCGUCACUCUCUGUGCUACACUAAAUGCUGUCAGUAUAGUCAAUGUGUGUGUUUCAAUGUUCCAUGUAUGUGAGACGGUGGUAGUCAAACGCAGGCUCAAAGUCUGACACGUGCUGGUCAUUAGUCUAUGAUAAAACUGCACUGGGUACGUUAUGAAAAUCAGCACUUCGUAUGCGGAUAACAGAUAAAGAAUCACCGAUUCAUCCGUCUAGAAUUUAUUCAUUUAGGUGUGCAGCUCAGGAUCACUCUCAAACAUCGUAUAUGAUAGCGUGCGGGUAGUUUUCAGUCUGAACACCCAUUACCUGUUGUGUUUGGAACAUUAAUCUGUAAACUGUAACUAAAACGACCCAGUGGUCCAGCUCUUAGUAUUUAAGUAGACUAGUGAUGAAUGCACUUGUCCCGCUGUCUUGGCUACUGUGUACGUCAGCUUUAUUUGAGCUACUGUGUGUGUGUGACUUUACUCAUUCCAGAACAGAAUCCACAGUGACACCUUGCAGACAUUGCGAGCCGUCAGUCACGCAAAAAUUUUCAAAAAGUGUCCAAUGUUGAACAAAUGAAUAGCUGAGCUCUACACUUUUACUGUAAGCUCUGUAUUUUUGUACAAUAGGGUUUGGGGUGGGUAGUGAGUAGAUUUUGCUAAUUGAUUCGGGAUGCUUGUGGUCAUUUUUCUGCACCGUGUUUUGCGCGGGCCCUCUGCUCUGAAGCAGCUUUAAAAUAUUCUUUUUUAUUUUUUAUUUUAACAUUUCUUUUCCAGCUUUAGUCAUUAUUACUGUCCUAUCAGCUCACAGCCUCAACAUUUACCACAAUUAAUCCGUCUUUUUGGUGUUGGAAUUGGCAAUUACUGAACAUGACUGUUUGUUGACUCAGGAGUGGCAUCGUAUUGUAAUUAAUUGAUCAUAUUGUUGUAUAUUUUACUAAAUUCUAAUUCCGAGCACCUGAAUUAAUACAGAUUUUUACUGAUGUGAUAUGUAUACUGUAAGUCAGUGAAGCACUUUGCCAUACCCUGUCAUACUGUAAGUCAUCUUAUGUAUCAGAAAAAUAUUCUUUUGAAUGAUAUCACAGUGUAUUCAACUGUAUGCUAGAUAUAUAUCUAAUAUAAAAACCUGUCAAACACACCA